AUGUUGAUAUACUCGAUCUUUGCGCUUACCGGUGGUGUUUGUGCCGUCGGUUUAGGUUUCAUGUUAUAUGUUAAAAAGGAAAAGGAAGAUGCUAUUAUGCGUGAACGUAAACGGCAAUUAGGGAAAGCGGCAAUAGGUGGACGCUGGGAGCUUGCCGACUCGGAAGGAAAGGUACGAAAGUCUGAGGAUUUUCUAGGCAAAUGGUUGCUAAUAUACUUUGGAUUUACUCAUUGUCCGGAUAUAUGCCCAGAUGAGUUGGAAAAAAUGGCUGCCGUUGUGGAUGCGAUAGAAAAAUCUCCGGAGACUCCUGAAAUCCAACCAAUUUUCAUAACAGUCGAUCCUGAGCGCGACUCCAAAGAGAUUGUUGGCAAAUAUGUAAAAGAAUUCUCUCCAAAGUUACUAGGCCUCACCGGCACUCGGUUCAGGCCGGGACCUAAAGCACAAAUUCCGUAACACCUCAGUAUUAUUUAUUUUAUCGAAAGAAAAUAUGAAUUUAGCUUAAAAAGGUUUUUCCGUACCUCCACUAGAAGUUAAAUAUCUGUUAGGAGCUUCAUUGAUUGGAGGGACUUACAGUUUAUAC